AUGGAGGCGGGAGAGCGGCGGUGGCGGCUGCGGCGGGAGGCGGCUGAGUACUACCGAGGGCUCCGUGUGCCCGAGCGGAUGGAGGAGGCGCUGAACGAGCUGUUCCUGCAGCGCCCCGAGGAUCUCUACGGGGAGCUGGCUAACUACUUUUCUAAAUUUUCAAAAGCUCCAGUAAUAUGCAAAUUAGUUGGAAGAAAACUUUUUGAUGGAGUUGGUCAGCCAACAUUAGAAGUGGAAAUAUACUGUACAGUUAGAAACUAUGAGAAGAGGAUUUGUUCCACUGUAAUGGCUACUCAUUCUCAAAUACCUGAAAAUGCUUUGCCUGAAACAAGUGAAGCUGAUGAGAAAGAAAGAAAUGACUCUGUUCAUACUGCUGUGGAAUGGGUCAAUGAAUCACUGAACACAAUGUUAAGGUGCUUGGAUCCUACUGACCAGUGUCAAGCUGAUAAGAUGCUUGGUGAAUACUUUGCAAACAAGGUAGAAGAAAAAAAGGAAAUUGAAAGGCAAGAGAAAGAAAAAGAGGAAGAAGAAGCAGCAAAAGCCAGUCCUGCCCCUUCUUUGUGCCCUCCGGCCUCAACACCUAAGCAAAAAAAGGGAGGAAAACCAGCAAAGAAGGUGUCAGUGGAAGUGAAACUCAUCCCACCUGCAGAACCUGCUGAAUCAGUGCUGUGGGGCAGCUUGGCCAUUGGGGGAACAUCACUUGCCAUAGCAAAGGCUGGGGCCACCAUUAGCCAUGUCCCAUUGUACUUAUAUACUGCACUGCUGAAACACCAUCAGGAGUCACCUAAAGAAAUGACUCUACCACUCCCAAUGGUUACUCUGUUGAACUGUGAAAAAAAUUCACGUACAAAACUGAAAUUAGUCAAAGAAGUUAUGGUUAUACCACCAGUGGAGUUAUCACUCAAACAGGGGAUAAAAAGAGUUCUGGAUAUUCAGAAAGAAAUUACAAGACUGUUGGAGUCUUCAGGCAAAAAGCCUGGUUCACAAGCAGACAGUAAGAAAGGAAAAGCACAAAAAUCUCCGCCACCAAACUUAAAAAUAUCACACUUAGGCUGCCUGACGAUAGGAUAUGAUAGCCUAGAACAACUGCUACUCCAGAUGGAAACAGCUUGCAACAAUAUAGGUCUGGAGCUAGGAACAGACUUGUACUUAGCAAUAAAUUGUGCUGCUCAUGAAUUAAUGGAUUAUGAAAAAGGAAAAUAUGAAAUACUCACUGGAACAUUCAAAAGUCCUGAUGAAAUGGUUGCCAUGUAUGUGGAAAUGAUUGAUAAUUUUCCUUUUAUUAUUGCAUUAAUAGAUCCCUUAAGAAAAGAGGACAGAGAACAGUGGAGCAGCAUCUGUUGUGCCCUUGGUUCCAAAUGCUACCUGAUUGCUGAAGAUGGUGCCACACAAAUUUCCAAACUCAAAACUGACCAAAACAUAAACAUAGCAACGUGCAGUGGUGUUGUCCUAAAAUACAUUAACCAAACCAAGGUGUCAGACCUCAUAGAACUUACUGGAAUUCUGGAUGGUCAAAGACAUAUUACCAUAUUGGGAAGUCCAGAUGGAGAAUCUUCAGAUGAGAGCCUCGUGGAUCUGGCUGUGGGCCUGGGUGCCAGGUUCCUCAAGUUGGGAGGUCUGUCCCGAGGAGAAAGGGUGGCCAAAUACAACCGGCUGCUGGCUAUAGAGGAGGAGCUGGCCGCGAAUGGAGCGCUGCGUGAAGCAAAACUUGAAUUUGUUGUUUUUGCUGAAGAAUCACUGCCAGAACAUCCUGAUGUGCUUCGUGCCCCAGAGCAGGAUUAG